UCUAUCCGGCUUACUGACGAGCUGCCAUGCAACAUGCUGAGAAGCACACCUUUUUACGAGCAGAAGAUGACGGGAGUUUUCGACAACCUCAGCGCUGACAUGCACUCCGCCCAGAUGACGUCCAGCAGCUACCACGGCCUGCACAAGUCGCAGGAGUCCACCCAGAUGACGUCCAGCAGCUACCACGGCCUGCACAAGUCGCAGGAGUCCCCCACCUUGCCGGUGUCCACGGCCACGGACAGCAGCUACUACAACAGCCCGCAGCCCGGACACGCAUGCGCGGGAUCGCCCUUCGGCCCGCUGGGCUCCUUCCAGUACCACGGCGGCGCCCUGCAGUACCAGCCCAAGUCUUACGACGUGCAGGCGGGCUUUGACUCGUCUUACGCGGGCUACGGCUUGUAUGGACCCAACUCCUCACCCGCCCCCACUGAGACAGAGAAAGAAGAAAGCGAGCCAGAAAUCCGGAUGGUGAACGGAAAACCAAAGAAAGUCCGAAAACCUCGAACUAUUUAUUCCAGCUUCCAACUGGCGGCGCUGCAGAGAAGGUUCCAGAAGACGCAGUACUUGGCGCUGCCCGAGCGCGCCGAGCUGGCGGCCUCGCUGGGCCUGACGCAGACGCAGGUGAAGAUCUGGUUCCAAAACCGGCGCUCCAAGUUCAAGAAGCUGUGGAAGAACGGAGAAAUCCCGGCGGAUCAACACGUGCCCGCGAGCGAAUCCCCGCCGUGCGCGUCCCCGCCGAGCGCUUGGGACUUUCCACAGACUGCAGGCAUGAGCACGAUGCUCCCCGGCACCGACAGCCCCCCCAUCAUCAGCGCGCCUCCCUCCUCCUCCUCCUCUUCCUCCUCCUCCUCCUCAUUUCUGGCCAACUACUCCUGGUACUCCAACACGAACUCCCAGCACCUGCAGCCGCUGCUCCACCACAACCCCGUCAUCAGCGCCGGCACGAUAUUCUGAAGUCAAACUCCUCAUUUUUGUUGUUGUUGUCGUGCCCUUCUUUUUACGAGCGGAAGCCAAAACAUGGACCUGGCGCACAUACAUAGAUCCACAGUCUUAACACUUAUUUUUGUAUUUAUUUAUUUCGUUUCUGUCCAGGAACAAAUGAACGAAUGAACCACUUGUAUUAUAGUAAAAAUAAUAAUAAUAAUAAUAAUAAUAAUAAUAAUAAUUAUUAUUAUUAUUAUUAUUAUUGUUAGUAUUAUUAUUACAGCCGGACUUGACUUUUUCCCUGCAACAAAAAAAAGCCCAUCCUUGCCCGUCAUGAUGUAGCUCAAGUCAACGUACGGUGCCUUUUUUCUACAUUUUGUUAUUGUGUGAUGAAUAUUCAAACAGACUUUUCCUCCAUCUACAUAAAUUUUUACGAGCGGAAGCCAAAACAUGGACCUGGUGCACAUACAUAGAUCCACAGUCUUAACACUUAUUUUUGUAUUUAUUUAUUUCGUUUCUGUCCAGGAACAAAUGAACGAAUGAACCACUUUUAUUAUAGUAAUAAUAAUUAUAAUAAUAAUAAUAAUUAUUAUUAUUAUUAUUAUUAUUAUUAUUGUUAUAAUUAUUAUUACAGCAGGACUUGACUUUUUCCCUUCAACAAAAAAAAAGCCCAUCCUUGGUCAUGAUGUAGCUCAAGUCAACGUACGGUGCCUUUUUUCUACAUUUUGUUAUUGUGUGAUGAAUAUUCAAACAGACGUUUCCCCCAUCUCCAUACAUUUUUACGAGAGGAAGCCAAAACAUGGACCUGGCGCACAUACAUAGAUCCACAGCAUCAACACUUAUUUUUGUAUUUAUUUAUUUCGUUUCUGUCCAGGAACAAAUGAACGAAUUAACCACUUU